AUGCGUGUUUCUCUCAACCAUGGAGUCAUCAGGGCGGUGCUGAUAGAUGCGGUUGGUGCAGCACUUGACACAUCAACGACUACCCUCCGGUGGGCUAUGGCCGAACUCAUCGCAAACCCAAGGGUGAUGCACAAGGCGCAGCUAGAGAUUCGACGCGUCAUGGCAGGGCAACAACGAGUACAUGAGGCGGCUCUAAGGGACCUACACUACCUGAAAGCAGUGAUCAAAGAGACCUUACGACUGCACCCUCCUGCCCCGUUCGUCCCAAGGGUAUGCUUGGAUGAUCGCAUCAAGAUCCAAGGGUACCAUGUGCCGCAGGGGACAAUAGUCGUCGCGAACGUUUGGGCUAUUUCCAGGGACCCUAAGUACUGGGAGGACCCAGACAUGUUUAUACCAGAGAGAUUUCAGCAGGGUGACCCUGACCACCGCUGUUUCGACUACAGGGGGUUCGAUUUUGAGUUCACUCCUUUCGGGGCUGGGCGGAGGAUGUGCCCUGGGACAAGUUUCGCUCAUAUGAACGUUGAGAUUGCUCUGGCUAGCCUCCUGUACCAUUUUGACUGGAAGCUGCCAGAUGGAGCUAAACCGGAGGAGAUUGACAUGACGGAGCUCUGGGGUGUUACUGUCACAAGGAAGGCUAAGCUAUUUCUGCAUCCCAUUCCUUGUAUUCCUCCAGCUGUUGCAUCGAUUGAUGGAUAA